AUGUGCCAUGUGGGCUUUCCAGAUUGGGACGCCCUUUUGAUCCUCACCUUGCUGACGCAACCAUCCCAAAGUAUGCAUCGCAUAGAGGACUUUACGGAGCAGCCACCUGACGCUACAUACCGUGUGCCAUUAAUGCUCUUGCAUAACACCAGAAUUGACACCCUUGCAUUGUCCGUAGUCCUACCGGCCGACAGUUACACACUGUCAGACAGUUGGACCAGGCAAAAAAGCGACAUUGUGAAGGUGGCCCAGGACUGCUUCACGCGGAACGCAGUGCAAACGAGCAAUCUCGGAGAGCUGCAACUUGGUGUCGUUUCAGAGCACUCCAGUACUCCGGUGCUGAGUUUUCUGGCUUCCAACCCCCAGCAAGGGACAUUGGGGGUUGCCACCGGUUGCGUGGUGACCAACCUCGAUGCUCUGUGGGGAUGGCGGCCGGAGCUUACCGGCUCGGGCUCAAACACUGGUGGCCCCUACGACGUCUACGGCGCGGGUCUGACCUUGGUGGGUGUGGAGACGCCCUCCGGUAGCUGGCAGUUCAUGCUAAAGAAGCCGGAUUCUCAAGAAGCUGAUGCCUCGCACGUGGCCGUGACGGUGCACAGCCACCACCGGGGCGAUGCCACGCCGCAGCAGGAAACCGACCUGAUCCACUUUGCCGAGUCCUGCUUCAGCAAAGGGGAUGUCGACACUUCCAACCUUGGCAGCUUGCAGUUUUCCUUGGGCAGAAACGUGGACUGCGUUCUGCAGAAAUGUUCGGAGGCAUGGGGCUUCAAGCCGGAUUCUUCCAGCUCCGGCUCGGACACUGGCGGCCCCUACGACAUGUACGGUGCCGAGGCCACGGUGAUCGGGGUCGAAUCCCCUUCGGGCAAGUGGGAGUUCGUGCUGCAGCUGAAGAACUGA